AUGUCAGCUCAAGGCAGUAAACCACACGAGCUUCGGACAGCAACAGAACCUCGACAGAACUCCCUCUAUAAGCUGAGGGUGUCCUAUAUAUCCCAGGUCAACCCAACCAUACGACUUAUCCGAUUUAAUAAUUUUUGUGGCUGUGCCUCACUUGAUUGGUCUAAAGAUAAUUCAGAGGAUUUGACGUAUAACCAGCAGCCGCCUUUGGAAUUUUUACCCGGCCAGUGGCUUGACGUUCAUAUACCAAACAUUAAACAUGCUGGGGGUUUUACAAUAACUUCCACCCACCAGGAUGCUUCUACUCAAGGAGACAUUGAUGGAAAUGAUAACCAUCUGCCAUAUGUUGAACUAGCUGUCCAAUAUUCACCUAGUAACCCAGCUGCUAAGUGGUUUUGGCAGCCUAUAGAGCAAAUAUUAGGUGCUUAUGUCAAAGUUAGGAUUGGCGGCGGGUUUGUAUGGCCGCCACCAAAUGGUAUGGCAUUAGAUGAGAUCAAGAACAUCGUGUUUGUGGCUGGUGGCGUUGGUAUCAAGAUCCCUUCGCCGUCCACGCCUAUUAACAUGGCAAGGCCGGGUGAAGCCGUGAAAAUUUUGGCCACCGAUAGGCCAUCUAAAAUUUUAUUUCUAGACCGUCUUCUGCAAAUCAGUCGCGACUGGAACCGAGCAAAAGAUAACGCUGAUCCCAUCGACUUGCAACUGUUCCUCGCAAAUUCAUACCUAGAAAAUAGAGGAGGUAAUAAGGUUGAUUUUCACUCCAGUAUACUGGAUACAGACAAGCAUAUAACGGUUCAUUCCCGACGAAUUGAAGCAAGCGAUCUACACAAAGCUGUGGGUGAAAGUGACGAGCUAAGGAGUGGUACGAUAUGCUACGUUUGUGGUCCGCCGGUAAUGACUGAUGAGUUCGUUAAGGAAUUGGAGACAUUCAUUGGCAGCGAAGACGACAAAACAAGGGGAAGAGUGUUAUAUGAAAAGUGGUGGUAA